AUGGCGGAAAGUGGGCGAGGAAAGGAGGCGGGGAGCGAGGAUGUGGUGCUUGAAUCGGAUCACGUUGGCACCUCGCCCCUCUGGAGGCCAGAGUACACAAGGCAGUUGGACCGCAUGGAGAUGCCUUUCUGGGUCAAGGACUGUGGCUUCCAGCCCAGGAGGACUGGGCUUGCCAGGUGUCUCCUCCUGACGGGCUCGCCUUCACUUACAGGGGGACAGCGCAAGCUCCAGCGCAUCAUCGGGGGUCACAUUGUGGGGCCGCACUCUGCCAAGUACCUGGUGUCGCUGAAGAGGAUGACGGGCUCCCACUUCUGUGGCGGGUCUCUGGUUAGUCGGAGCUGGGUCCUGACGGCUGCUCACUGCAAGACCGAACUAAACCAGAUGCUAAUAGUUGCCGGUGAAUAUUCACUCUCCACUUUCGAAGGCACAGAACAGAUUUUCCGGCCCUCCCAGAUGGUGGUUCACCCUGACUACAGCUCCACUACCAAAAAUGCAGACGUCAUGUUGAUUAAGCUGAACCGGCCAGUGGUCUAUAACGCCUUUGUUUCCAUUGUGCCACUUCCUCAGCAAGGCGCCACGGUGAAGGAAGGCCGCCUCUGCCAAGUCUCCGGCUGGGGGUACACCAGUCCCAUCGGCGGGAGGACAUCGGACACCCUACGCAGCGUGCGCCUCCCUAUCGUCCCCUCCUGGAAAUGCAACGCCACGUCCUCCUAUGCAGGAUUCAUCACCGGCAACAUGAUUUGUGCCGGGCUCAGCACAGGGGGCAAAGACGCCUGCCAGGGGGACUCUGGUGGGCCACUGGUGUGCGAGGGCCGAGUGUUCGGGAUUGUGUCCUGGGGGCACAGCUGUGCCAGCCCGCGGUAUCCAGGUGUCUACACAGCUGUAGCCAACUUCCAGAAGUGGAUCUACAAAACCAUCUUCAGACACCAGUAACGGCAGCUCUGGGCCCCCUUCCCCUACCACCGCAUGACAUUGAACCAAUAAAAUGGU